AAGUAGAACCGAAAAUAGAAGUACCGAGAGUCCAAGGACAUUAAGAAUCGCCCAGUAAGAAAUAUCGAAGAAAUCCUACAAUCAAGUUCGAUAUUUGUUCGCUAUUGUGAAACAAUUGAAAAUAUUAAAAAUAUAAAUAAUACGCGUUGUUGGUCACACAACUAGACGUAAGCUUUGUGGGGCACGGGAAAUGCGGUGUUGCUGUAAUAAGGAUAUCAGGAAGUCAGGCAAUUGAUGCCUUGAAGCAAAUGACAAACAUAACGAAACUUGAACCCAGAAAAGCUUUUCUUCGAAAUAUCUGCGACCCAGAUACAAGGGAAGUUAUAGACAAGGGUUUAUGUCUUUGGUUUCCAGGACCUAAUUCUUUCACUGGAGAGGACAGUGUAGAAUUCCAGAUACACGGCGGCUCUGCUGUAAUUGCAGCUGUAUCAGCUGCUCUUUCAAAAUUGAAAUUUGCCCAUGCUUUACCAGGUGAAUUUACAAGGCGAGCAUUCUAUAACAACAAGUUGGACCUGACUGAAAUUGAAGGGUUGGCUGAUCUGAUCCAUGCAGAGACAGAACUGCAGAGAAAACAAGCAUAUCUACAAGUUGAUGGAAGUUUGAGCAAAUUGUACAAUAAGUGGAGGAAAACACUUUUACAAUCUAUUGCACAUGUUGAGGCUUACAUUGAUUUUAGCGAAGAUGACAACAUAGAAGCUGACGUUAUGGACAAAUGCAAUAAUGUAUUAAAAGUUCUAAAUCAGGAAAUAAAACGUCACCUUUCAGAUGGUAGAAAAGGAGAGAUAUUACGUGAAGGUGUGCGAACUGUAAUUCUUGGGGAACCAAAUGUUGGGAAAAGUAGUUUACUGAAUUAUCUUGUUCAACGAGAAGCUGCAAUAGUUACGCCUAUUCCUGGAACAACAAGGGACAUUGUUGAAUUAAAUUUAAAUAUAUUCGAUUAUCCUGUGAUUUUAGCUGAUACUGCCGGUCUAAGAAAAGAAACGACAGACAUUGUUGAGAUAGAGGGUAUACAUAGAGCAAAGAAUUAUACUAAGGGGGCUGAUUUUGUAAUUCUAUUGGCUAAUUCAGUUUCGUAUCUAAGAAGUAAGAAGAAGUACGACGAAUUUAUCAUUGACUACGUCGAACGACUAGGGUUAAAUGAUUUGUUACUGAAUAAUGGAAAGGUGAUGGAUCACUGUAUAGUAGUAAUGAAUAAAAUAGACUUGUUGGAGCCCCAAGAAAGAGAUUCGCUGUUAAAAGAUGACAGGACAAUAUUUAUUUCCUGUGCCAGAGAAGUGGGCCUCCAAAAAUUCUCGAAACGUGUUGCCAUACAUUUAAAAAAUUUAUGUGGUAAUCCGUGUCGUGAAAACCCUACUGUGAGUCAAACUAGGCACAGAAUACAUUUGACAAAUUGUUCUGAACAUAUAGAUAAUUACUUCGACCUUAUAAAGAGUGAGGAAAGGGACAUCGUUUUAGCUGCACAAGAAAUACGAAACGCUAUGCGAGAACUCGGUUUGAUUACGGGAUACGUUAGCGUAGAACAAAUUCUCGAUGUAAUAUUCAAAGAUUUUUGUAUUGGCAAAUAAAUAUACCACAUUCUAGAUUA